CCCUUCCCUCGAUGCAGUCAAUGGAAAGGCUGGUAAGAGAUGAGCCAGGGACUCUUAUCCUGAGGAAAUGACUUCCUUCUUUCCUUAGAAAUUUUGGUGCCUGCUAUUAAGAUCCUCAUUUGUUCCAAUAUGUCAAAGAUGGCUCAAUCAAAAUCCCUGUCGGCAAUUAGUGAUGUACCUCUCGAAGAGCACCGAAAAGCUGACAACAGCGAGGAAGAGAAUAACACCAGUUCUGAGGCAAACCCCAAAGAACAAUAUACUGUCCUAUCCGAGAAGGAGAAGGUUUUCUAUAUAUUCAUCGCUUCUCUUGUUACACUUCUAGGUCCUGUCUCCUCUGACAUCUAUUACCCGGCUCUCGACCUUUUGUCCAAAGAUCUGAAUGUCUCCAAGACUCAGAUGAGCCUCACGAUCACUGCCUUUAUGGUUGCACAAGCAGUAGCCCCGCUCCUAACAGCGAGCGUCUCCGAUAUGAAAGGACGCCGACCAGUCUUUGUUGUGUGUCUUACAAUAUACAUGGUCGUUAGCGUCGCACUAGCCCUUCAGUCAAGCUUCCCAGCAUUGAUCACCUUGCGCUGUUUGCAAAGCCUCGGGAGUAGCGGAGUGGCGGGAAUCUCCUCGGCAACAACUGCAGAUGUCAUCACAAGAGCUGAGCGUGGCAGAUACUUGGUGUAUACCUCCUUAGGAUGGACUAUUGGACCUGCCAUCGGCCCCAUCAUCGGAGGUAUUCUGGUCCAGUACCUAGGGUGGCGCAGUAUAUUCUGGUUUCUGACUAUUCUUGGGGGGGUAAUACUCGUUCUCAUUCUCGGAUUCCUCCAGGAAACAUGCCGGGUCAUUGUAGGGGAUGGGAGCGUGCCUCCACCGCGCUGGAACCAACCUGUACUGGCACUUCUGCGCCCCAAGCACCGAGUGAGCCCGAAUCACCAGAGUCUCGUUACGUUUCGACGUAGGCCUGGUGUGUUCGAUAGUGUUCGGCUCGUCGCGACGAAGCAGUUCGGGUUUCUGAUCCUAUUCAGCACAUUUAUCAUGUGCGGCUGGAAUGUGAUUUUAAGCUGCAUUCCUUUUCUCUUUGAGAGCAAGUACAAUUUCAAUGCACUCCAAGUCGGGCUAGCAUACAUUCCCUUUGCUGUUGGCGGCCUGACAGCUCGCUGGACAUGCGGUACCUGGACUGAUCGUAAUUUCAAACGUCACGGGCGGCUUGCUGGCGUUGAGAUUGUCCGAAACCAGCAGUCAAAACACGUGUUACUGAAGAUCCCUCUAGAAAAGGCCCGUAUUGAGAUCAUCUUGCCUAUGGCAUUCCUCUGGUUUGUCUGCCUGAUUGCUUACAGUUGGCUGAUGCAGUACGACGUCCACAUGUCGGCCCCAUUGGUGGUGAUGUUUUUCUUGGGCAAUGCAACAGCCGGAACUAGUAACGUUCUGAGCAUGCUAAUCAUUGAUCUCCAUUCUCAUCAACCCGCCACUGCGAUGGCAGCGCUUAAUAUAGUCAGAUAUGGAGCCAGUGCUGGAGCAGUGGCGGCAACAAUACCUUUAAUUAAUGCUAUUGGCAUCGGGUGGACGGGGACGCUCUUCGCCUUGAUCGGUCUGGUUAGUUCCCCAGUGUUAUGGAUUGUAUAUAUUCAUGGUCACGAUUGGAGACGCUCGAAGGAAAACACAGAACAAUAGUUACCUUAGGGCUGUACUUCAGCAUCACAUGACGCCAGUUCGCUAUUACAGUCUAUACAUUCUUAUUUUGUACAAUUAGCAAGGUUUACUCGAUGUGAAGUACGUAUAUUAUAUUGGCUUGGUUCGUGAGUGUAUCUUAGACUCACCCUCAUAAGGGUCUAUAGAGUAUUCAUAGCUUCGUAUUACGAAGCUGUCCGCUACCCUUCGUCUUGCAUCAUCUACCGUCAUUAUUUCUAAGCAUCACUUGAUAACGAGUACUUUUGCUGUCUAAUUUACACACUACACAUUUCUCAUAUAUUCACAAUAGUGUGGUCAACGUUACCAGAAUGACCCUUGAUAUUC